UCUCGCGUGUUCUCAUCUCACAACGGCACAUCCCGUUCCUUUGAAAAAGGAGUUAUGAAGCUUUGAAGAGAUACAUCCGAUAUGGCGGCUUUCGCCACUUCUCUCUCUUCCCCUCCUUCUUUGUCCGUACACGCCUCUCUCUCAUCUUCGGCUGUCACGAUUCAUCGGGACAAGGAUGAACAACGGAACAACAACUCUUCCCAGAAGUUCACCUACAGUCGAGCAUCGCCCGCCGUCAGAUGGCCCCAUCUGAAUCUCCGUGAGACCUCCGAUUCCAGAAAUUCAACUCCGUCGCAGCCCGUUUCAUCUCCGUCUCCGGCUACCCAUGUCGCCGAAACGCCGGAAUACGGUGAAUUCGAGUCCGACGAACGGCAGUCGGGGAACGACGAAACCGCCGUCGCGGGUAGGCGAAAAAGGGUGAAGAAGAUGAGCAAGUUGGCUCUGAAAAGGGCAAAGGAUUGGAGAGAGAGAGUCAAAUUCCUGACGGAUAAGAUUCUGGGACUGAAACCAAAUCAGUUCGUCGCCGACGUUCUCGAUGGUCGUCCGGUUCAGAUGACACCCACCGAUUACUGCUUCGUCGUGAAAUGGGUCGGUCAAGAGAACUGGCAACGCGCGCUCGAGGUCUUUGAAUGGCUUAAUCUCCGCCAUUGGUACUCGCCCAAUGCUCGAAUGGUGGCCACCAUACUCGGCGUUUUGGGUCGGUGGAAUCAGGAAUCGUUGGCUGUGGAGAUAUUCACGAGGGCUGAACCAUCGGUCGGAGACACCGUCCAAGUCUACAACGCCAUGAUGGCUGUUUAUGCACGCAGUGGUAAGUUCUCAAAGGCACAAGAGCUGCUCGACGCAAUGCGUGAGAGAGGAUGUGUGCCUGACCUAAUAAGUUUCAAUACUCUUAUCAACGCUAGGCUUAAAGCUGGGGCCUUGACGCCAAAUCUGGCCAUCGAGCUCUUAAAUACGGUGAGGAAUUCACGUCUUAGGCCAGAUACUAUCACCUAUAACACUCUUCUCAGUGCCUGUUCACGGGAUUCGAAUUUGGAGGAAGCAGUGAAGGUUUUUGAGGAUAUGGAGUCUCAUAGUUGUCAGCCGGAUUUGUGGACUUAUAAUGCCAUGAUCUCGGUGUAUGGCAGAUGUGGGCUUGCCGAUAAAGCUGAGGAGCUCUUCAGGGAGCUUGAGCUCAAAGGUUUCUCCCCUGAUGCUGUGACUUAUAACUCUUUGCUAUAUGCUUUUGCCAGAGAACGGAACACAGAGAAAGUGAAGGAGGUGUGUGAGGAAAUGCAGAAAAUGGGAUUUGGCAGAGACGAGAUGACUUACAACACAAUCAUUCACAUGUAUGGAAAGCAGGGUCAGCUUGAUCUCGCAUUACAGCUUUACAAGGACAUGAAAAGUUUGUCGGGUAGGAACCCGGAUGCUGUUACUUAUACGGUGCUUAUCGAUUCACUUGGGAAAGCAAACAGAACGCUGGAGGCUGCAGCCCUAAUGUCUGAGAUGCUUGAUGCUGGGAUUAAACCAACUCUGCAGACCUUCAGUGCUCUCAUCUGUGGCUAUGCCAAGGCUGGGAAGAGAGAGGAGGCUGAGGAAACUUUUGAUUGCAUGUUGCGGUCAGGGAUCAAACCUGAUAAUUUGGCAUAUUCGGUCAUGUUGGAUAUAUUUCUAAGAGGAAAUGAGACAAAAAAAGCAUGGCGUUUAUAUCGGGAUAUGGUUUCUGAUGGUCAUACACCGUCACGCAGUCUUUACGAAUUGAUGUUAUCUGGACUUAUGAGGGAGAGCAAGACGGACGAUAUUCAGAAAAUCAUCAGAGAUAUGGAAGAAAUAUCUCACAUGAACCCCCAAGAAAUUUCUUCUGUUCUUGUCAAGGGUGAAUGUUUUGAUCUUGCCACUAGACAGCUGAAAGCGGCUAUUGUCAAUGGCUAUGAAUUGGAAAAUGACAGCUUAUUGUCUAUCCUAAAUUCCUACAGUUCAUCGGGCAGGCAUUCUGAAGCGUCCGAGCUACUUGAAUUUUUUAAAGAACAUGCCGGUGGAUCUGAGCGGCUCAUCAAUGAUGCACUGAUUGUUCUACAUUGCAAGAGUAACAACAUCGAUGCUGCUUUGGGGGAAUACUUCUCUGACACCUAUGCCCAUGACUGGUCUUCUGGUGGUUGCACUAUGUAUGAGUCUUUAAUACAGUGCUGUGUAGCAAACGAACGUAAUGCUGAAGCUUGUCAGGUUUUCUCUGACCUGAGAUUAUAUGGUCGUGAAAUUUCUGAAAAUGUUUGUAGAAACAUGGUUGUUGUCUACUGCAAGCUUGGCUUUCCAGAGACAGCUCAUCACAUAGUUAAUCAAGCUGAGACAAAAGGCUUCCACUUUGAUAAUUCACCUGUAUACACUGAUAUUAUUGAAGCAUAUGGGAAACUGAAGCAAUGGCAGCAAGCAGAGAGCGUAGUUGGAGCUCUUAGACAAAACGGGCAAAUGCCUGACCUAAAGACAUGGAACAGUUUGAUGCAAGCCUAUGCUGAGAGUGGGUGCUAUGAGAGAGCAAGGGCUGUUUUUAACACGAUGAUGAGGGAUGGUCCGUCUCCUACUGUUGAAUCCAUUAACAUUCUGUUACAGGCUUUGAUUGCUGAUGGGAGACUCGAGGAGCUCUACGUUGUAGUUGAAGAAUUGCAAGAUAUGGGCUAUAAGAUUAGCAAAAGCUCCAUUCUUUUGAUGCUUGAUGCGUUCGCUCGGGCUGGAAACAUUUUUGAGGUGAAGAAGAUAUACAAUAGCAUGAAAGCUGCUGGCUACUUACCGACAAUACGCCUUUAUAGGAUGAUGAUUGAGCUUUUGUGCAAAGGCAAACGAGUUAGAGAUGCUGAAGUUAUGGUAUCUGAAAUGGAAGAAGCUGGUUUCAAGCUCGAGCUUCCGAUAUGGAAUUCCCUGCUGAAAAUGUAUACGGCUAUAGAGGAUUUCAAGAGAACAGUUCAAGUGUACCAGAGGCUAAAGGAAACUGGACUCGAACCAGACGAGACCACCUACAAUACUUUGAUUACAAUGUACUGCAGAGACAGAAGACCGGAAGAAGGCUACUUCCUCAUGCAGCAUAUGAGAAAGCUUGGUCUGGACCCGAAACUGGACACUUACAAAAGCUUGAUCUCUGCUUUUGGUAAGCAAAAGAGCAUUGAACAAGCUGAGGAAUUGUUUCAAGAGCUUAUCUCCAAAGGAUAUAAACUGGACCGUUCAUUUUACCACACAAUGAUGAAAAUAUUCAGGGAUUCUGGAAACGACUCUAAGGCAGAGAAGUUGUUGGAGAUGAUGAAGAGUGUGGGAAUAGAGCCAACACUUGCAACAAUGCAUUUGCUCAUGGUGUCUUAUAGUGGCUCAGGAAAGCCCCAAGAAGCUGAAAAGGUUCUCGCUAAUCUUAGAGAAACAAACAUAGAACUCACAACAUUGACAUACAGCUCGGUCAUUGAUGCUUAUCUCCGGAACAAAGAUUAUAAUGGUGGAAGAGAAAUGGUCUUGGAGAUGAAGAGAGAGGGUGUGGAACCAGACCACAGAAUCUGGACUUGCUUUAUCAGAGCAGCGAGUCUCUCCAAGCACAAAAACGAAGUCUUGUUACAACUCAAAGUGCUUCAAGACAUUGGUUUUGAUCUUCCUAUUAGGAUUUUAGCUGGAAAGUCGGAGUUGCUAAUUUCUGAGGUGGACGGAUGGCUUGAGAAACUAAAACCCAUGGAAGAUAAUGCUGCUCUCAAUUUUACAAAUGCUCUGGUGAAUCUACUCUGGGCGUUUGAACUCCGAGCCACUGCUUCGUGGGUUUUUCAGUUGGCAAUUAAAUGGAACAUCUACAAUCGCGAUGUUUUCAGGGUGGCGGACAAGGAUUGGGGGGCUGAUUUUAGAAAGUUGUCCGGAGGCGCAGCGCUUGUUGCCCUGACUCUGUGGCUUGACCACAUGCAGGAUGCAUCACUUGAGGGGUACCCAGAGUCACCCAAAUCAGUAGUAUUGAUCACAGGGACUGCAGAGUACAACGAUGUAUCCCUUGAGAAAACGCUAAAGGUGUGUCUCUGGGAGAUGGGCUCUCCAUUUCUUCCCUGCAAAACACGGACCGGACUCCUUGUGGCCAAAGCUCACUCUCUCAGGAUGUGGCUGAAGGACUCUCCUUUCUGCUUUGACUUGGAGCUGAAGGAUUCCCCUUCUCUGCCCGAAACAAACUCAAUGGAGCUGAUCGAUGGGUGUUUCAUAAGAAGAGGCCUCGUCCCAGCGUUCAACCACAUCAACGAGAGGCUUGGAGGGUUUGUGUCACCGAAGAAGUUCUCAAGACUGGCCUUGUUACCUGAUGAGAUGAGGGAGAGAGUGAUUCAGGCUGAUAUAGAAGGGCACAGACAGAAGAUAGAGAAGAUGAAGAUGAAGAAGAAGAUCAAGGUGGAGGAGGAGAAGGCUCGUCGUGUAAAUGGUAGAAGGAAAUACAUCAGAAGAAGAGGUGAUGUAGCCACUGCUCACAGGGGAUGAUAGAUUUUUGGAGCAUCAUUGGCUUUGCUUCAACAGUCAGUGAUCCCAACACUAAGGAAAAUAGAGAGAGGAAGCUGCCUGUUGGGCUAAGUUUAUAUACAGGAAAAAGUGUACACAUUCUGUUGUACAUGUACGGUGUUUUUGUUGUGGAUCACUCUUUGGGGUUAAUACGGGACCUGAGACUGUUGUACAGAAGGAGACUAGAAAGCGUGCAGUUUCGCGUUGUCUGAAACGGACUGCGUGUCGUUUGAAUC